GCUGACCCCCCCUCUCGGCUCAUUUCUGCUGACUGCCAGCCCGGGCGCAGUUUCACUUCAGUUAGCUAUUUUUUAAAAAAAUGAACCGAAAUUGAACAGGGGGGAGAGGCAGCUGCCCCAGAGCCCUGCUGUUGCUCAGCGCGAUGUGUCUCCGAGUCCGACCCGCGGUCCGGCCAGGCACAGGGGGUGACCCCUCCGCCUCCCAGGGGCUCCAAACAGCAGUGGCCCUGUCCGGCUCCUUCUGCCUGCCGAGCCAAUCCCAGAAUCCCAGCCAGCCGACGUCGGAGCUGUGGCCGGCGGCGCGUUACGCCCCGCGCCGCUGCUGACGAAGAGCCUGACGGCACGUUCUCCCCUCUCCCGCCCCGGAGCGCAGGCCGGCCCCCCGCUGGGCUGGCGGGACCUUCGGCACGGCCUCCUGUCCAGUUGACCAGCUUCACUGAGCGCUUACGAUCCGACGCUGAAAGAGAACUAGGGGAGCCCAAACCUGAGACGGCUGUGAGUCUGGAGCUGCUGGGUAGCUGCCUGAGGGCGAUUUUUACCAACAACUGGUUUAAUUUUAUUAAGGCUGGAGGGUGGAGGUCAAACAGGGAGACCCCAGCGACGCGCGAUGGGCUAGCUGCAGGGCCCCCCGUCCUGCUCCGGGCUCCGGGCGGGGACACCCCAGUGCGAGACUGGGCCUUUCCUUCUUCAGGAGGCACGCGGUGGGAGCAGGGCGUCUGUGGAGAGAGAGGAGGAGCAGACGACGCAGUCCAGACCGCUCCUGCCUGCCGGGGGGGCUGCGCGGGGGGGGCUGCGUCAUGGUCUGGGCAGGGGGGUAUAAAUGUGUCGGAGUUGGGCUGGGCAGGAGAGGAGAGCCCAGCAGGGAGACGCAGAGACCGGACACACAGACUGCUUGAGAGAGACGCUGCUGUCAGCCGGGAGAGCCGAGUUCCAGUGCGCCGUGUGCAGCCCUGUGGGUGCAGGGGCAGCCAUGCUGGGCCUGCGGAUCUUGCCCCCUCUCUUGAUGUGCCUGCUCUGGCCGCGGGCUGUGGGGGGCGUGGUCUCCGAGCCCCGAGCCGGCUCCUGUCCAGAUGUCCGUCUGAUUGGCCUGGGGGAGUCUGACCGCUUGGCCGUCCUGCAGGGCUGUCCUGGGGCCCCAGGGAGUCCAGGGGGGAAGGGAGAGCAGGGGUCCCCAGGGGUCAAAGGCAGCAAAGGAGACGAAGGGAGAGUGGGCAAGCCGGGUCCUCAGGGGCCUGCCGGGCCGAAGGGAGAGAAAGGCGAGAGAGGAGAAACACCCGGAGAAUCAUUCUACUGCGAAACAGGGGCAAAGAACUGUGUCCAGCUGAGGGACAGUGGCCACAGCCUGACGGGCUGGUACACCGUCUACACCCCUGCCUGCCAGCGGGUCACGGUGCUGUGCGACAUGGACACCGAUCAGGGCGGCUGGCUGGUCUUCCAGAAGAGGGUGGACGGCUCAGUCAACUUCUUCCGCAACUGGAAGUCGUAUCGGGACGGGUUUGGGAGUCAGCUAUCCGAAUUCUGGCUGGGAAAUGAAAACAUCCACCAGCUGACCAGGACAGGUCUCUCUCCCCGACAGUCCCUCUCUGUCUCCUGUCUUCCUCCGUCUCUCCUCGUGUGGCGGUGUUUCACUUCCAUCCUCUCCACUCUCCUCUGUCCCUGGCCAGGCGCCCACGAGCUGCGGGUGGACCUGGAGGACUUCGAGGGGGGCGCAGCUCAUGCCCAGUAUAGCUCCUUCCAGCUCCAAGACGAGUCGCAGAACUACAGGCUGCUUCUGGGGGCGUUCGCUGGCGGGGAGGCAGGUGACUCUCUCUCUGUCCAUGGCAACCACUCCUUCACCACGUUCGAUCGGGACAACGACGCGUCGGACAGCAACUGUGCCAACUCCUACCGAGGAGCAUGGUGGUACGGCAGCUGCCACUCCUCCAACCUCAAUGGCCUCUACCUGAAGGGGGCGCACCUGAGCAAGGAGAGCCAUGCCACCGGGAUCAACUGGAAAACCGGGAAGGGAUACCGCUACUCGUACCGCACCAGCGCCAUGAAGAUCCGGCCUGCCUGAGCGCCGGAGCAGCUCCGUGGAUCACGCCCCCAGCACACGCUACUGCAGGAGAGUCACCUGCGCGCACUGUACAUUCAACACACUCUCAAGUACUGUACCAGCUCCAGUAUGUAAUGAGCACAUUAUGGAUUUGAAUAAUUAAACAGAAAAUCAUUGAUAAA